GAGGAGCACACACGCCACACACAGACAGCGGAGCAAACUGGCCCCUCGCAUCCUUCAGCCUCCGCGGGAACAGGAAGGACCUCUUAACUUUUACGCACAGAGACUGACUUUUACGCACAACGCCGAGCGCUGAAUUUGACAAGGAAAAGUCUUUAAAACAAACUUUCCUGGGAUGCAGGAGCCUCUUACGGAUCUUACCUGAGAGCAGCGGGCCUUCAGGCUACACUGUAUUGAUCUUUAUUCUAAUCUGAUGGCUCAGAACUUUGGGACAAAUGCGUCAGAUGGAGACUGAUAUGAAAACUGUCAAGUUAGCUCCUUAAAUUAUAGAAUUUUAAAAUAGAACUUUACAGGUUGUUUUACUUAACGAUUCAAACUUGUAGAAAACAGUAACCAGUCAUGCCUCGCCCUGGGAAGAACUCUUACAGCGACCAGAAGCCCCCAUAUUCCUACAUAUCACUGACAGCCAUGGCUAUCCAGAACUCAUCCGAGAAGAUGCUGCCUCUGAGUGACAUUUAUAAGUUCAUCAUGGACCGUUUUCCGUAUUACCGAGAAAAUACCCAGCGGUGGCAGAAUUCCCUGCGACACAACCUCUCCUUCAAUGACUGCUUCAUCAAGAUCCCUCGGCGGCCUGAUCAGCCCGGGAAAGGCAGCUUCUGGGCUCUGCACCCGGACUGCGGUGACAUGUUUGAGAACGGCAGCUUCCUGAGGAGACGGAAGCGCUUCAAGGUGCUGCGCGCUGAGCAUAUGGCCUGCAAGAGCUCCCCGAUGAUGCACUACUUUCACCAUCACCACCACCACCACCCGGGCAGCAAGCUGGGCGCAGCAUCGGGCCACCAUGACCACUCAGCCGGCCCGGCAAGCACCGUGGGUCGGCUCCCUCACUUUCAGGGUUACGGGGGCAUCACUUGCGCACAGUCCGGCGGGUUUAAACACCCAUUCGCCAUCGAGAACAUUAUAGGACGGGACUACAAGGGCGUGAUGGCCAGCGGGCUCCCUCUCACCUCGGUCAUGCACCACCUGGGUUACCCGGUGCCCCCACAGCUCAGCAGCGUGGUCAACUCCAUGUGGCCGCACGUCGGGAUGCUGUCGGAGUCCAUGGGUGGCGUGCACGUACCCGCAUCAUCCGAGUACGCGCCCUUCAGCGUGUCAGCAAAAGGCCUGUACCACAACGCCAACGGGCAAACCCUGCCCGCCGUUCCCGUGCCAAUCAAACCCACCCCGUCCCUGGGUCCCGUGCCCAGUUUGACGGGGCUGCAGUCCGGCCCGGCCCAGCUCUGCUCCCCGGUCUCAGUGAUGGAGAAAAGCGACCUGCUGGAGGGGAAAGGCAACCCUCUCCACCCGGCUCUCCUGCUGUCCUAACCGGUAAAUUGCGGGUCAUUUUUGAAAAGUAACGCAAACAAGAAGGACACUGACACUGCGUAAAAUAAGAUAAGACAGCCUAUCAGCGGCAUCAUAGUUUAAGUUAAGUGCGGCUGUAGGAGAGUUGUAAAAACUAAGGUUAACAUUGUGCUGUGUAAUGAAUUUUUCAUUAGACCCAUGUUGAUUGAAAUCAUUAUUUAUUUGCACAAUUUGUGAGGGCAUUUACCACAUACUGUAAUGUGGCACUGACAAAUACAAUCAGACAAGUAGACACGCUGAACCCAAAGAAAGCUUUGACUUAGGAGACAAAAUUCUUUCCAAAUGCAAUCCAACAACUCUGUUUCUAUAUUUUGCUCUUAUUCUAUUUAUUCUAUUUUAAUCUAUGGCAGGCCUAUCGGCUAAAGACACAUGGGCCUUCAUGUUUUAUAAUUAGGCCUGUUGCACCUUUUUUGUGUGUUACUUAGCAGUGAAAUUGAAAAUGUUAUGCUUGUAUUAUAACACUAUUUAUCUGAGAAUAUUCAUAAAGAACUUAAAACCGAA